AUGUCGUCCACCAGCAACGCCUCCAUUGACAAGUUCAACGGAGACAAUUACGCAACGUGGAGCCGGUACAUGCGCGGUGUGUUUUUGACGAAGUCCGUCUGGCACGUUGUCAACCGUGAAGUGACUCCGACUUUCACCGACCCGCGAGCGUCCGAUGACUACGUCAAGGCAAGCAACGUCGCGUUUGGUAUGAUGCUGCUGCACAUGAACGCGGACUACCAUCAUGUGCUGGACAACUGCGAGGAAGCCUGGGUUGCGUGGACAAGUCUGAAGACGCUGUACGGUGGGUCGCAGAAGGCAGGACGCAUCUACCUCAAGCGACAACUUUUCAGUAUCAAGAGGGCUGAAGGCGCGAAUGUCAUGCAUCACUGCAACGAGGUCCUCAACAUCUCCGCCAAGCUUAGCGGCAUCGGUGCGAAGAUGGAAGACGAAGACGUUGCAAUUUGUCUGCUACUCAGUCUUCCGAAGAGCUACGAAAAUGUGGUGCUCAAUAUGGAAAUGAGCAGCACCGAGCUUCGCACUCAAGAUGUGGCUGAAGAUGCAAGCAAGGCAUUCAGCGCCGAGCGUGAGCCCUACCAAUGCACGUAUUGUGGCAAGGUGGGACACACGGUGGAUCGUUGCUGGACAAAGCAGAAGAACGAAGGUCGGGGAGCCCGACGCGGCGGCAAUGGUCGUGGACGCGGGGCUAACAAUGUCCAGUGGGGACAUCAUGAUGAAGGCAAUGGCUACGAUCGAGUGGCGUUUGCAGUCUCGUUCGAAUGUGGAGUUUCGACGAGCAAGGACGUGUCUGGAAUGUGGGCCGUCGACAGUGGUGCAACGCACCACAUUUGCCACGACAAGACCAAGUUCGCAAGUUUGGCAGAGCGCAAUGAGGGCGAACUCUUGGUGGCUGAUGGCAACAAGGUGGCCAUCAAGGGUGUGGGAACCAUCAUGGAAAAGGUGGUUCUGCCCAACGGUGAAGAGCGUGAGAUCGAAAUCAAGAACGCGCUAUAUGUUCCAAGUAUGAGCAAGAACCUGCUCUCGGUGCCACAGAUUAACAGCCAUGGCAAGUUUCAAGUCGUGUUUGACGGGUCCAAGAUGUAUGUGACUCUCAAGAACUCACAGCAAGUGGUGGCGACAGCGGAUCUCGUGGAUGGACUCUACUGGCUUCGGACGACUCAACGAUCAGCGAAUGUGACAACAAGUGGAACCAGUUGUGCCGAUCUACAUGCGAGAAUGGGUCAUGCUCCAGUCGAUGUACUUCGCAAGAUGAUCGCGACCAACAUGAUCAAGGAUGUGCGAGUCCCUCUCAAGUCGGGUGGAGCAACUACAUGUCGAGGAUGUCAACAAGGGAAAAUGGUCCAAAAACCAUUUCCAAGCAACCGAGACAAGCGCAGCUACGAUACGUUUGAGCUACUUCAUCUGGACAUCUGCGGGUGUUGA